AUGGAUGACCGGGUUCAGCGUAUCUUGUGAGCUCCGUCUGCUUGUCUCACUUUUACAAAUACUUUACCUUCCAACUCAAUUCUAUGUGAUCGUAUGAAUCUCUAAUACACCAUACCGACGCUUUAACCAUAAAGUGCUCCGGAAACUGCAGCAUGACGACGGAAAAGAAGCUCUCUUCAGCCCGCAGUAGCUCGGAGAUUGACGAUCACGAUGAUGUUAAGAUGGAGGUCUCUACCGAGAGCUACAGAAGAAAAGACCCUUUCUCAGCAGCGAAGAACCCACCAGCAACUAAAAAGAAGGACACUGGCUCAGAGGAAGAUGUCCAGCAGCUGUUGGUGAGUAAAGAAGAACUUCCACCUGAGCAGCAGGAGUGGAGCCACAUUCUGGACCAGCAGGACACUAAGCCCCAACACAUUAAAGAAGAACAUGAGGAACUGUGGAGCAGUCAGGAGGAAGAACAGCUUCAAGGACUGGAGGAGGCUGAUACCACCAAGUUCCCCUUCACUCCUGUCUCUGUGAAGAGUGAAGAUGAUGAAGAGAAACCUCAGUCCUCACAGCUUCAUCAGAGACAAACUGAAGAGAUGGAAACAGGAGUUGAUGGAGAGGACUGUGGCGGAGCAGAACCAGAGAGAGACUCAGAUCCAGAGAGAUGUUUACAACCAGAGAUUGAGGUCAAGAUUGAAGACUCUGAUGAACCUGAGAAUGACAGUGAUGAUUGGCAAGAGACAAGAGAAGAUCUGUCAGAAUUAAACUUGAAAAAUAAGAAACUGACUGGUAAGAGACCACAUAGGUGCUCGGCGUGCGAUAAAAGAUUUAACCGAAAAGAGCAUCUGACCAGACACAUGUUAGUUCAUUCAGGAGAGAAACCCUUCAGCUGCCCUGAGUGCAGAAAAAGAUUUAACCGAAAACAGCAUCUAACCAGACACAUAUUAGUUCAUACAGGAGAAAAACCCUUCAGCUGCUCUCAGUGUCAGACAAGAUUUACCGAUAAGUCUACUUUGAGAUAUCACAUGGAAAAUCACAGAGGGGAGAAACCUGUUAGUUGCUCUAUUUGCAGUGAAGUAUUCCAACAAAAAGGAGCCCUUACCCAACACAUGUUAGUUCAUAAAGGAGAGAAAGUCUUCCGCUGCCUUCAGUGCGGAAAGAGAUUUAAACAAAAAGGGUCUCUGACCAGACACAUGUUAGUUCACACUGGAGAAAAACCUUUUAGCUGCUCUCAAUGUGAGAAAAGAUUCACUGAUAGGUCUAGUUUGAAGUAUCACAUGGCAACUCACAGAGGGGAGAAACCAUUCAGCUGUCUUGAGUGUGGUAAAAGAUUUUAUCUGCAAGUAAAUAUGACUACACACAUGAUUACUCAUACAGGAGAAAAACCGUUCAGUUGCUCUGAGUGUGGUAAAAGUUUUAACCAGAAAGGCCAUCUGACCACACACAUGUUAGUUCAUACAGGAGAGAGACCCUUCAGUUGCCCUGAGUGUGGUAAACGAUUUAACAGAAAAGAGCAUCUGACCACACACAUGAUGAUUCACACAGGAGAGAAACCCUUCAGCUGCUCUAUUUGCAGUAAAGCAUUUCAACAAAAACGAGCCCUAACCCAACACAUGUUGGUUCACACUGGAGAAAAACGCUACAGCUGCUCUCAGUGUGAGAAAACAUUUACCCAUAAGGCCAGUCUGACAUAUCACAUGAAAUAUCACAGAGGGGAAAAACCCUUCAGUUGCCUUGAGUGUGGUAAAAGAUUUUACCUGCAAGGAAAUCUGACUAUACACAUGAUUACUCAUACGGGAGAAAAACCCUUCAGUUGCUCUGAGUGUGGUAAAAGAUUUAACAGAAAAGAGCAUUUGACCACACACAUGAUGAUUCACACAGGAGAGAAACCCUUCAGCUGCUCUAUUUGCAGUAAAGCAUUUCAACAAAAACGAGCCCUAACCCAACACAUGUUAGUUCACACUGGAGAAAAAGCCUUCAGCUGCUCUGAGUGUGAGAAAAAAUUUACCCAUAAGGCCAGUCUGACAAAUCACAUGGCCAAUCACAGUGGGGAGAAUCUAUUCAGCUGCCUUGAGUGUGGUAAAACAUUUGACCUGCAAGGAAAUCUGACUCGACACAUGAUUACGCAUACGGGAGAAAAACCCUUCAGCUGCUCUGAAUGUGGAAUACGAUUUGGAAGAAAGGGGAAUCUGAAGAGACACAAUAAAGUUCACACAAGGGAGAAAACAAAAAAAGUCUAAUCUGACACCUUACAUGCACCCCGCUUUGGUAGGCUGCCCAGGUAUCUUUUCUGCCUUUACCUUUCAGCAUUGAAAACAAACUAGUAGAUAAUUGAUCGCCGUCGCUUUGUACCCCUUGCUGCUGAUGUAAAAAAUGAUUCAGAUGUGUUAAGAUUCACAUCGGUACUCUGAAAACUGAACCACAAUAAUAAGGGGGGGGGGUCAGCAGCUGCAGAGCAGAGGCGGUUGGCAGCUAGAGAGGAAGAAUCUGACUUUAAGGAUGCACCACCGUCUUGUAAAUCAGAGGUGUGGAAGCAUUUUGGAUUCCCCAAGACAGAAAAUGAAAGAGGUGAGAAGAUAACAGACGAGACAAAAACAAUAUUACAAGAAGACAGGGAACUGCACAAAUAGCAUAACCAACAUGAUGCAGCAUUUCAUCGACACCACAAUGAGAAGCUGCCAUCACCUCCCCUUGUUGAGAGAAAACAAACAUUAACAGGCCAUACCACACUGAAAAGCGGGUUAGCAGCCCCUAAAGGAAUCUAUUUCAGUCAUCAUUUUUCUACAGUCUCAUUUUGUAAAAUGAAUCAUGAGAAUCGUAUCGUGAAUCGUAUCGUAUUGUGAGUUUAGUCCCUCCAGGAUUUUGUGGACUUUUUGGGGGAUUGUUGCAGCCUAAAAUGCCCGAUUUUGUAGCAGCUUUUCAAUAAAAUUGCAAUGCAAGUUGCGAUGUUUUUAGAUGUUUUUUUGCAAUUAAAUUGCGCCGGGAAGCGAAAAUUGCAACACUAGUUGCUAUUUUUUAAUGUUAAAAAAAAAAUGGAGACUUUUUAUUAUUUUCCUACACAGGCUUUAAUGUGAUUGAGUGAUGCCUAUAUGUUUAACCUGAGCAGAGCCAUUCGCUUUGUGAAGUUACAUAUUCCUCUGCCUCACUCAGUGACACUCACUCACUCACUCACUCAUUCACACACACACAAACACAAACACACACCCUCUUCAUCUGAUUUUAUUACACAUCCAAAUUAAUAUUUUGCCUUAAACUUUUAAAACACAUUUUAUGACUGUGUGUUCCUAACUACUUAAAUUAAUACACACACACCGUUUGUUUGACAAUCAGACAAGCUCUAUCCAUGCUUAUUUAUUGAACUCGCCUUUCAGCACUUCAAUCUGGAUGUAGCAGCCUCUGUCACUGUGAUUGUGCAUUUCAGUCAUUCUCCUGGUGUGUUUUGUGGUAGAUCAAUGACUUUCCACUACAAUGUUGCACGGGGUGCAAAAAAGUUUUCCCCUGCUUCCAGGAACAUCAGGGAAUUACCUUGCACGGUCCUUAGCUGUAGUUUUUGUAGGUAAAUGUGCGACGUUUGUGUCGGACAUGUCUCCACAAAAAAUGUCUCAUCCAAGGGAAAACAGGAAAAAGUUACAGAACCACUGCCUUCAAAAGACAUGGGCAGAAGAAAAUAAGAAUACCUUCUUAUGAUCAUAGGAAAUGUUUCUUGGUUUCUGGUGUGCACCUGAAACUAUUUUUUUCUGCUAACUUUCCCUUAGGGGCUCCGCUUCUUUAUGAAGUAAAAAAUCAAAAUCUCCAACAUGAGAAUAAAGGGGAGGUCUGAGCAGACUCUGCCAAUGACUUUCCUUAAAACAUCUGGCGCUGAACCAUCUUGUUCAGUUGUCUUUUUGUUCGUGUUCUUCUUGGUUUUCAGUCUCUCCAUUCUGUCUUAUGUCUUGUCAUUUUAUAUUUUACGGAUGAACUCUCCUUUUCUCUAUGUUUGACCUACUGAUUCUUCUUCUCUAAACCGUUAUCUCCUGUCUACUUUUAUCGUGUCCUGUCUAAGUUUAUUUUGAUAGAUCCAUCCGAGCCUUCACUAUCAGUUUUGAUGCAGCGAACCAAAACUCUUGUCUGUCAGAAACAGUGACAAUAGCUACGUAUUUAAUGAUAUUAUUAAUGACGAUAAUGAGGAUGAUGACGAUGGUUUUGCCUCUGUGCAUUGGCUGUCAGCACCCUGUCCCAUCAGAUUUAAAGCUGUUUGUUUGCACUUACUGACUGUUUCCUCCUUUCUAGAUCAUUGCUUGUGUUGUACUUACUCUCUGUUGCUUCUCUGGACACACUGUGGUCUGGUCUCUCUCCUGUAUGACUUCUCAUGUGGCUGUUAAUACUGAGGACUCACUAGCAGUCCAGUAGUCCAUACAUACAUACACAUCAAAGUGUCGAACCAUUUAAUAUCUUUCAUGUCAUUUCUUUUUUUUUACAUAAUGAAAUGGAAAGCAGUAUUGAUAAAUAUUGCUGUCAAGAAUUCGUACCCAUCCCUAGAUUUAAAACUCCUGUGCAAUGGUAAAAGUGAUCCAAAAGAAUCCAAGUUAUCAACAUCACUCAUAAGUAUGUAUUGACUAACAGAUGCAUAACUGCAGUUAUAAGGAAUAUACGACAUUAACAUAACCUGUUUCUACUUUUGACAUUGAUGUUUUGUUGGAAAUAAAUAAUAAAUGGUAUAUGGAAAAAACA